AUGUCGUCGCUUCAUACCCAGCCACACGAGGUGGAUAUACCCAUAACGGACUUAGAUACCGAUCCGGACGUUUUCUCCGACCAAGAGACCAAUCAUCUCAAUAAUGCUGAUUAUGCUGAUGAUGACGAUGAUGAUGUCCAACAGUCACAAUUAACUAUGGAUCAAUUUGAUUUUGAAAUCGGUGAUUAUGCCGACCCUUCCUCCGAGAAUGUGCUCAGUAAAGCCUUGAAAGGAUUCAAAGAUAUGUUUGCUGCUAAAAAUGGUAAUAGAAGUGACUCUUUAAGCUAUGAAAGAGUAGCAAAUGGAGUAGGCAAUGGCAUGAUGGAUUCAGAGAGUUUGGAUUCCAAUGAUGAGGUGGCUUUGCAUUUGAAGGACUAUAAGAUUAAUAUGCUUAAGAGAAAGCUUACCAGAAUUGGUGCUUAUGUGUUCGUGAUGAGCAUUUGUUUCUUUGGUGCAAUGGCUUAUAUGCUCUUCUUGUUGGCUGGUAGGGGCAGUGCUACUAACAAGAGUUAUACCGAUCCUGAUACAGGUAAAACAGUGUUAUCUAAUUCGACUCACAAGUUCUAUCCGACAACGUUAUUGAUAUCUAUAGACGGUCUUCACCCCCAUUAUAUCAGUGCCAGCAACACUCCAACGAUGCAUAAGCUCUUUGUGGAGAAGUUUGGCGCUCCAUAUAUGAUUCCCAGCUUCCCCUCGUCGACGUUCCCAAACCAUUGGACUUUGGUCACUGGAUUGUUUCCUUCUGAACACGGUAUAGUGGGUAAUACGUUCUACGACCCCGUCUUGAAGAAGCAGUUCAUCAACACUAAUCCUAAAGUCGGGGGUCUAGACCCUGAGUUCUGGAAGGGGGGUGAGCCGGUUUGGACAACGGCUUUCAAGCAAGGAGUCAAUUCUGCUAUUCAUAUGUGGCCAGGUAGUGAGGUUCCAGGCAUUGGUAUUGAUGGAGGAGGUCCACUAUAUGUUGAUAAGUACAAUGGAUCCGAACUACUUUCCAAUAAAGUGGAUAGGAUCUUCACGUGGUUAGACAUUGAAGAAAUCGAUAAGAGACCAGAAUUAGUGCUUACAUAUGUUCCUACCAUUGAUCUGUAUGGCCAUAAGUUUGGUAUUAGUGGAUCUGAAUUGGUUGAAGCCUUGAACUAUGUUGAUGAUUUCAUUGAUUUGAUUCAGUUGGAAUUAAAGAAACGAAAUUUACAAGAUUUGGUCAACAUGGUGAUUGUAAGUGAUCAUGGAAUGGCCCCGACUUCAAAUAACAGACUUUUGUAUUUGGACGAUAUUAUCGAUUUAAAUAAGAUUGAACAUAUUGAUGGGUGGCCCUUGUUUGGGCUACGUCCAAAGCAAGAAUUCCCAGUGGACGACAUUUAUGAUGAACUUAAGGAGAAAUUGUCAAAGCAAAAACAUAACAAUAGCUUUGAUGUUUAUAAAGUUCAAGAUAUACCUGCUGAAUUUGAAUUUGGUGGAGCAUCUUCAGGUCACAAGUUUGAUUAUAGAUUAGCUCCCAUAUGGAUCAUUCCUCACGUGGGAUACUCUGUGACCACGAAAGCACAGAUGGAGAAGAAUGGAGGGGAUUAUAAGCCUAAAGGUGUUCAUGGCUAUAAUAAUACUGAACUAUUGAUGAGAGCCGUUUUCCUUGCUCAAGGACCAUAUUUUGAUAAACUUAAGUCCAAAAAGAUACACCCUUUCAAGAAUAUAGAGGUUUAUAACUUGGUUUGUGACACUUUAGAGAUUACCCCAUCUCCUAAUAAUGGUACCGGUGAUUUAUCUAUAUUUGGAGCAACUUUGCCCCAAUCUUGGAAAGAUAACUUGGUAUACCCUGAUUUACCUUUUGAAGUUGAUCAUAUCAUAAAGGACGAUGCAACAUAUGAUUUGCUUUUCCGGAAUGUCACUUUGAAAGAACAAGAGACACCAACAUUAACCAGGAUUACAGUUAGUACUAAUGCUAGUCCAUUAGAAUCGUUGAUAAAGGAAGAAUCCACCUUUACUUCUGUUAGUGAAAAGCUACCCAAGCCUACUGAUUUUGAAGUUGAUUUAAAUCAUCCAGAAGAAAGCGAUGAUCAUGGUGAUACUAAAGUUCCGGGUAUUUUCCAAGGUCUUGAAGACGCUUUUGAAGAUGCAGUUGACUCUGUUGGUAAUUUCAUUGAUGGAGCAGCAAAUAAAAUAGACGAUCUCUGGCAUAAUGUUGUGGACGAUAAUUAA